GAAGCUUCAUGGGCCGGCCCAGUCGAGCUGCCCCUGUGCGUCUGGCCACCAAUUUGACGCAAAGAGCGUCCAAUAGGAGCUCCCUGUUUGGGGAUCGCAAGCGAGGCCUUUCUCGGGAGUGUGGGCCGGGCCGAGUAAACGGGCCGAAACCCAAAGCCCUGGACGGCGAUGGUGUCAGGCACCUUCAAAUACCCGCCUUCGCGUUGGCGCCCGGCGUAACCGCCUCAACCAACAGCCAACAGAGCUCGCCGGAGCCCCAAGAAACCCCACCUCUCUCCACCGCGUAGCAGCGCCCACCGCCUCUGCUCUCCAGCGCCGGCGAGCGAUGGACAGGUUCCACGACAGGCAGCACGUGCGGCUGCGGAGCCGCGUGCACGGCACCUACCUCCACGCCAACGACGACGGGCGGAGCGUCUCCCUCCGCAGUCGCCGCGCGACGCUGGAGACGGCGUGGACGGUGCACAUCUACCGAGGCAACGACGGCACGUACCUGCUCCUCCACAGCGCCGCCUACGGCCGCUACCUCGCCGCCACGGCCACGCGGGCGCCGCUCGCGCUCGGCCACCUCGGCUUCCGCGCCGAGCUGCGCGACUACGACCAGCCGGAGGUGGGGGCCAUCAUGUGGCGGGCCGUGGAGGCGGGUUCCGGCGGGGACGUCAUGCUACGCAACGCCGGCGGCCGCUACCUCCGCGCCAACGGCAGGCACCUCCCCUGGAACACCCGCGUCAGCGUCGACGACGCCAACAACACCAGCACCAUGAUGUGCUGGACCCUCCAGACCGUCCCCUCCAGAAUGGAUGUGCCUAUCCCUCAUUAUCCUGUUCGCCCCCCCGGCGACUGGUUCGGGCUCAGGCCGGGGGUGUGGCGGACAAUCCGGUUCGUGCGGGCGAACGGAGAGGGGUUCUACGCCGAGGAGGAAGGCUGGGAUGCCUUCCCUUUCAGGGGGAGGUCCGUGCACCAUUUGAGGGACGAGCUGUCCACCCGCGUCAACCUGCACAUCUUCGACCUCGUCGCAUGCGUUCGAGCGGGCCGCUACGGGAGGCCGACGCCGCUCGUCGCCAACCUGCCCCAUGGCGGCGCCGGGGAAACCCUCGAGAUCGUCGUCGUCCAGUGCGGGACUCCUGUCUAUGGUAGGCUGCGAUACCCGGAUGUCCACGCAGAGUAGAGAAAGGUCGGAACAGGAGUCGUGAGAGUUCACCUCCUCAGAAUUUUGGCUCGGCACAAUGACAGCAGAGCUAGAUGCCUACUUUUACAUAUAGAUAGAAAUAGGUCGAGAAAACUUAUGAGCUCUUGUGUUUCUACUGCUAACUAAAACUUGCUCCGUUUUGUCGACGAGACAGGGGGGAACCUGUCUGUUAUGGCCUCACGGUUCUAUGAUUCAGAACUUCUGAAAUCGUUGCCUCCAGCCAUGGAGUAUCGUUCUUCUGGCAUUCAUCUCUGUGGUGCUUCCCGAAUGAAGCAUUUACCUGUAGGGGUUCUUGCGAUGGGUUGAUGAUCUUUCAUUUCUUUUUUGGAUGAUGAUGCACCAAGUAUAAAUGAAAAGGCAGUGGUUCUUGCCAGUAAUGAGUUGA